GUGAAACCAAAAAAAAAAAAAAAAACUUGCAGAAAAAUGAAAGGGAAUAAGAAGAUUAGUUCGAUUUUCGAGAAUCGCCAUGUAUCUGCGUCUCAGGAGGUUUAUCUACAGCGAUGCGGCUUCGCCGUACCGGGUCAACCACCUCAAGAUUCCGAUCCUUCCGCCGGAGUCUCGCCACCACCGUUAAACGACGGAAUUCCAUCUCAGCGUUCGUCCGAUGAUUCGGAGACGGAUAGUGUAAUCGGUUCGGGUCACGAUGCGGUGGAGAGUCAGGCGAUUCGAUUCGUCUCUUCGGAGGAAAGCGUGGACACCGUUGAUUUAGAGGAGGAUGUUGCAGAUCCAACGGUUGAGGUUUUGGCGGAGGAUAAGCAGAGUGAUGUUCCUCUGGAAUCUGCAGCGAAGGAAGAUAGAAGAAAGAGACUUAAGCUUCCUUUGAGAGAUGUUGUAAAAGCCAUUGUUAUGAAUUCGAAGAACACAGAGGAAGAAGAAGCUGACAAAGAGAUUAAGAAGUUGAGCUGUGUGCAAAUCCUCUUACAAAAGGGAUUCAAAUUUUAAGGUGAUUUCAAUUGAAAUUUCAUGUGUUUUUGUGUUA